AUGAGUGCAAGUGGGGAAACUGAGGCAAAACCAAGUAUACUGCUUCAAGUAUACACCUUCUGUGGGGCAGAGCCAAAGGAGAAACUGUGGGUCAGUGGAUGUGGGGUUCAGGGAAUGCUAGAUGCCAGAUUACAAACAAGACUCGUCCCCUCCCUUAUCUCGAGGCGCUUUUUUGCCUCAAAAUCCUCCCAACUUGGCCAUCCGCAAGAGACCGCGCUCGGCCUCGCCUACCGGCAGGACCUCGCCGCGCGCCUCAAGUCCAGGGCGCCGGGCGCCGGGCGCCCGGCGCGGGGCGCGGGUAGGAGGAGCGGCACCGCCCCCGGGGUAUUUAAGCCCCGUCUGGAGCCCGCGGGGCCGGACGCUCCCGCUCUUCCCAGCUCGCGCCUCCCCUCCCCCUCCCCGCUCUCUCCCCGCGCGCCCCCACCCUCCGCCCCGCGCGCCCCCACCCUCCGCCCCGCGCUCGCCUGGCGCGCAGGCACCGGCCGGCAGGGCGCGGAGAGCGGGGCGCGGGUGGCGCUCGCCUCUGCGGAGCCGCCCCCCGGCCGCCGCCGCCGCGCAUUGCCCAGCCCGUGCCGCCAGGACUGCCGCCGCCCGGCUCGCCCCGCAGACGGGCGGGCGGCUGUGGACGUCCGGCCAGCAGCCCGCAGCAUGGAUUCGGAUUCCGGCGAGCAGAGUGAGGGCGAGCCAGUGACCGCGUCAGGUCCCGACGUUUUUAGUUCAAAGAGCCUUGCCCUUCAAGCCCAGAAGAAGAUCCUGAGCAAGAUCGCCAGCAAAACCAUGGCGAACAUGUUGAUUGAUGACACCAGCAGCGAGAUCUUCGAUGAGCUCUACAAAGUCACCAGAGAGCACACCCACAACAAGAAGGAAGCCCACAAGAUCAUGAAAGACUUGAUCAAGGUGGCAAUCAAAAUCGGAAUACUCUACCGGCACAACCAGUUCAGCCAGGACGAGCUGGUCAUAGUGGAGAAGCUCAGGAAGAAGCUGAACCAGACGGCCAUGACCAUCGUCAGCUUCUAUGAGGUGGAAUACACCUUCGACAGGAACGUGCUCUCCAAGCUCCUGCACGAGUGCAAGGACCUGGUGCACGAACUGGUACAGCGACACCUGACGCCCCGGACCCACGGGCGCAUCAACCACGUCUUCAACCACUUUGCUGAUGUGGAGUUCCUGUCCACCCUGUAUAGUCUGGAUGGAGACUGCCGGCCCAACCUCAAGAGGAUGUGUGAAGGAAUCAAUAAAUUGCUAGAUGAGAAAGUCCUCUGAAUGCCUUCUCUCCUCCUGGACUUUGCUGAGUUCCAGCUACAGCACCCGGUGUGGUCCAGGUUAGAAACCAGAAAACAGGAAACCCUCGUCCAAGA